AUGAGUUCAGAAAAAGGAUCAGAGUCAAAAUCUCUUGAUGAAAUUCAACGAAUUUAUAACAGGUUAGUUGAGAAAUACUCAGAGUCUUCAUCAAUAUUAAAAUCGCCAAUAAAAGGUAACCAAAACGCAACUCAAUUGAAUAGUUCGAGCUUAAUUUUAUCGCAAGAAAGAGUGAAUCCAGCUAAUGUUUCCAAAAAAUACCGUGCAUUUUUUAAAGAUUAUAUUUCAACUCUGGAAACUAUAAAUCAAAGCUUAACAGCAAAUCCAAAAAUAACUAAAAGCGUCAAACAACAGAUUGUAAAAGCAAGAAAACUCGCCAAACAUCUAAGAGAACUAAAUUAUGAGGAAGAUAUCAGCGAAUCCAUACAAGAUACCUCAUUAAAUGAAGACAGAGUCAAAAGGGUAUUUAUAGAUAAUCAAAAUCUCAUGAAAAACUACGAAGAUGAUCUUAAUCAUACAACUCCUAAAAACCCGCAUCCAAACCUCGAUGAUUCCGAAGUGUUACCUGAUAACAUGGAUGACAGUUCCUUAAUUAUUGAAAAUGUUCGAACUCGAGAUUUCAAAUUCGAUCCAGAAGAGUUAAAUCAGCAAAAUACUUUGGAUGAAUUGACUCAAAACAAUGAGAUACUUUCAAAGGAUAAUGAAAAAUUAUCAAAAGAAAACGAACAAUUAAAUCAAGAAAAUACCUCACUUAGUACAUUACUCGGAUCAGCAAAAUCAACUAAUUUGGAGCUAGAAAAUACCAUCGAACAACUUAAAUCUGCAAACAAAGAAUUGUCAGAUAAAAAUGUUGAAAUCCAAGCAAAACUCAUUAAUUUACAGAAAGAGAAAGAACAACUAACAUCUACAAAUGAUAAAUUAUUGACUGAAACAGAAAAUCUCAAGAAGGAAAUUGAUGAAUUAAAUAAUGCAAACAAAGAAUUGAAUGUUAAAAGCAUUAACCUUCAACAAAGCCUUGACAAUGAAAAGCAAAACAAUAAGAAGAUGAUUCAAGAUCUAAAUAAAGAAAAAACAGAUUUAAUUUCGAAAAUUGAAAAAUUAGAAAUGGAUAACAAGGAAAUGAACAGUAAACUAAAUAAUGUUAACACAUCAUAUAAUGAUUUAGAUGCUAAAAACCAAAAUAAUCAAACAAAAGUUAAUAAUUUAGAAAAAAUUAUUGAAAAACUCAUUAAAGAAAACACAGAAUUAGCAAAUAACAACAAAAACAAUAAUUCUAAAAUUGAUGAACUUCAAAAUCAAAAUAAAGAUCUCAUUUCAGCUUCUAAUGACAUGAACACGAAAAAUCAAAGUUUGCAAACAAAAAUUGAUCAACUAAAUAAAGAAAAAACAGAAUUAGAAGAGAAAAACAAAGUUCUUAAAUCAAAUCUUGAAGGUCUAAAAUCAGAUUUAUUAUCUAAAAAUCAGGAAUCAACAAAGAAAAAUGAAAAUUUACAAAAAAUCAUUGAUCAAUUACAGAAUGAAAACAAACUUCUGAGUUCAAAUCUUGAAAAUCAAACUAAGUUAAAUGAUGAUCUAAACAAAGAAAAAUCAGAUUUACAAUCUAAAAUUGAAGAAUUAGAAAAGAACAACAAAGAUUUGACAUCAAAUCUUGAAAACAAUCAUAAGACAAUUGAAGAACUCAGCAAUAAAAUAAAUGAUUUACAAAACAAUAACAAAGAAUUGACUUCAAAUCUUGAAGAUCAAAACAAGUUAAAUGAUGAUUUAAACAAAGAAAAAGCAGAUUUGCAGUCUAAAAUUGAAGAAUUAUCAACUAAAAACGAAGAACUUGAAUCAUCAAAUAAAAAUGAAAAAGAAAAUCUUCAAAAUAAAGUUGAUGAAUUUGAAAAGAUUAUUGAUCAACUUAGAAAAGAAAAAGAAGUUUUAGAAGAAAAUGAAAAAGUUUCUAAAACAAAUAUUGAUGAUGAUUAUAAAGUUAUUGAAGAGCUCAACAAUGAGAAAUCUGAUUUACAAUCAAAAAUCGAUCAACUAGAAAAGAACAACAAAGAUUUAACAACAAAUCUUGAACUUUCUAAUAAAGAAAAAUCAGAUUUAUCUCUUGAAAAUGAGAAUAAAAGAAAAGAAAUCGAUGAACUUAAAUCAUUGAACAACAAAACAAACAAUGAUAUUGAAAAGUUACAAUUACAAAUACAAGAAUUAGAAAAGUCUAAUGAACAACUCCAAAAAGAGAAAGAAGUUUUAUCAUCAGAAAACAAUCAACUCAAAUCAAAUGUUGAAAAUAGUGAAAAGGAAAUCGGAAUACUUAACAAAGAAAAAGCUGAUUUACAAUCUAAAGUUGAAGAAUUAGAUAAUAAUAACAAAGAAUUGGCUUCAAAUCUUGAAAAUCAAAACAAGUUAAAUAAAGUUCUAAACAACGAAAAUUCAGAUUUACAAUCUAAGAUUGAAGAAUUAACAACCAAAAACCAAGAACUUGAAUCAUCAAAUAUUGAAACUAAUAAUGAAAAAGAAAAUCUUCAAGCUAGAAUUAAUGAAUUAGAAAAGAUUAUUGAUGAACUUCAAAAAGAAAAUGAAAAUUUAGAAACUGAAAGCAAUCAUCUUAGAACAGAUCUUCAAAACAAUGAAAAAACAAUUGCAGAUCUCAACAAAGACAAAAAUGAUUUAACUUCUAAAAUUGGAGAACUAGAAAAGAAUAAUAAAGAAUUUACAACUUUAAUUGACAAAAUUAAUGCAUCAAAUAAAGAUUUGCAAACAAAGAAUGAUGAACUACAAUCAAAAGUUGAUUUAUUAGAGAAGAUUCUUGAUCAACUCAACAAAGAUAAGUCUGAUUUAAUUACUAAACUUGAAGAACUUCAAACUUCAAUUGAUCAAAUGAAACAAACAAAUGAAAAUCUCAACAAAGAAAAUAAAGAUUUGCAAAAUAAAAUCGAAGAAUUACUUGAAGAAAAUGAUAAAGCAAAUAAUGAAAAUGAAUCAAAGAAUAAAGAACUCCAACAAAUCAUUGAUCAAUUAGCUGAAGAAAAGUUAAGCUUACAAAAUAAAUUUGAAGAAUCAGAAAAGAAUGCAAAAGACAAUCAAAAAAUUAUUGAUGAGUUGAUUGCAGAAAAUGAAAAACUUACUUCAUCAAAUAAUGAAGAAAAAGUUGAACUUGAAUCAUUAAAGAAUUCUCUUGAAGAAACAAAACAAAAUGAUGACAAAUUGGUUGAAGAAUUAUCAAAAGAAAUCGAAAAAUUGAAGAAUGAAAAUAACUCUAUUUUGGAGAAUUCUGAUUCUAAAAACAAUGAAAAUCAACAAAUAAUUGAUCAACUUAAGAAAGAAAAAUCAGAUUUAAUGAAUCAAGUUGACAAAUUAACAAAGAAGAAUGAAGAUCAAGAAAAAGUUAUUCAAGAUUUGAUUAAUGAUCAAAAUCAAAAAGAUGAAGAAAACAAACAAAUGAAUGAUCAAUCAAAUGAAUUGAAAUCUCAAAUCGAAAAGAUUUCAAUUGAAAAUGAAACUUUGAAAUCAGAUCUUCAAAAGAAUAAGGAAAGUAAUGGUGAACUUAUGAAAGAAAGAGAAAUUUCUCAGUCUGAACUUGAAGAAUUAAAGAAACUUCUUGAAGAAACAAAACAAAAUGACAACAAGUUAAUUGAUAAAUUAAGAAACGAAAAUCAAUCUCUUAAUAACCAAUUAGAUAUGAACAAUAAAGAUCAUCAGCAAAUCAUUGAUCAAUUUACCAAAGAAGAAUCAGAUCUAAUGUCUCAAAUCGAAGAACUUAAUGCAUUGAACAAUGAAUUAAAUGUAAAUAUUCAGAACUUAGAACAAGAUAAGUCAAAUUUGACCAAACAAAAUGAAGAAUUAAAUGCAUUAUUAAAUGAAACCAAAUUACAAAACCAAAAUCUUUCAAAUGAAAACGAAACUUUGAGAUCAAAUAAUGAAAGGCUUCAAUCUGAAUUAAAACAAAAUGAAGAAAAAUCCAAAUCAGAUUUCGAUCAAUUAACAAAAGAUCUCGAAACACUUAAGUCUGAACAAUCAAAUAAAGAUAAAAUGAUUGAUGAAUUACAAAAUAAGACAAAUGAUUUAGAAGAAUCUAUCGGAAAAUUGAACGAAGAAAAAGCAAAAAUAACUGAUUCAUUAACAGAUCGUGAUCAAAAAAUUGAACAACUUAAUAAAGAAAAGUCUGAUUUAAUCUCUGAUAUUAAUAACUUUGAAGCUUCCCAAAAAGAAUUAAAUGAUAAGAUUGACUCACUUAAUUCGGCCAACAAAGAUUUGAACCAAGAAAACGAGAAAUUGAAAUCACAAAUUUCUUCGUUAGAAAAUGAAAAUUCUUCACUGCAAUCAGCCAACAAUUCGAAAGAUAAAGAAAUUAAAAGCAUCAAUCAACAACUUUCAGAAACAAUUUCAUCAUUUGAUAAUUAUAAAUCUCAACAUGAAUCAGAAGCUGAAGCUCUUUCAAAUAAAUUAAACAAUUUGGAAGCAAACAAAGACAAAUCUGAAAAAGAACUUGAAGAAUUGAGAAAUGAAUUAGAAAAGCUUCAAAAUGAAAUUCAAAUUCGUGAACAAAGAGAAAAAGAACUUUCAAAUCAAAAUGAAGAACUAAUGAAUAUUCUUGAAAAAAUGAAAUCAGAAUUAAAUGAUGUCAACAUGAACAAUGAACAACUCGAUCAAGAAAAAGAAAUAUUGAAGAAGUCACUUGAAGAAAAUCAACAAAACUAUGAUCAAUUAAUUGAUGAAUUAAGUAAAGAAAUUGAAGUACUCAAGAAACAACUUUUGACUAAAGAUGCAGAUUCUAAUUCAUCCAAACACGAAAUUGAUGAAUUACAAUCAAAAAUUCAAAAUCUUUCAUCUGAAAAUGAAAAUCUGAAAUCAACAAAUAAUGAAUUGAAACAAAAUCUUGAUGAUAUUCUUAAAAACAAUGAACAAAUCAAUUCAGAAUUAACCGAAACUAAACAAACUAACAAAGAUCUUUUAUCACAAAUUGAAUCAUUGAAGAAAGUUCUUGAAGAAAAUAAACAAAAUGAUGAACAAUUAGUUGAUGAAUUAAGUAAAGCACCUGACGAAAUGAAGCAUGAACAACAAAAGAAAGAUAAUAGAAUUGAUAAAUUAACUAAAGAAAAAGAAACUCUUCAUAACACAUUAAAUUCACAUGACAAAGAUCAUCAACAAAUCAUCGAAGAAAUGAACAAAGAAAAAUCUGAAUUAGAAUCUGAACUUGAAAAACUUAAAUCAUUGAACAAAGAAUUAAAUGAAAACAACACAAAACUUAAUCAAGAUAAAUCAGAACUGAUCAAACAAAAUGAAGAUUUGACGAAUGAUAAUAAUCAUAAAGAUGAAUUCAUUAAUGAAAACCAAGUAAAAAUUGAUGAAUUGUCAUCUUUGUUAAAUGAUUUGAAAUCACAACUUCAAAAUCUUUCUAAUGAAAAUGAUUCAUUAAAACAAGAAAUAGAAAAACAAAAAGAAACCAAUGAAAAACUGCAAUCAGAAUUAGAAGAUUCAAAGGAAAAUUUAGAAAAAUCUAAAUCUGAAAUCGACCCAAUUCAGAAAUCUCUUGAAGAAACUAAACAAAAUGAUGAACAGUUAGUUGAUGAAUUAACUAAAGAAAUUGAAAAAUUGAAGAACGAACAAAUGACUAAAGAUCAAAAGAUUGAUGAAUUGACAAAAGAGAAUCAAUCUCUUAAUAGUAGUUUAGAGGACAAUAAUAAAGAAAAUGAUCAAAUCAUUGAUCAGUUGAACAAAGAAAAAUCAGAUUAUGAAUCUAAACUCAAUGAACUCAAGCAAGAUCAUUCAGAUUUAAUGGAUCAAAUUGAAUCAUUAGCAAAGAAGAAUGACGAAUUAAUCAAAGAAAAUAAUAAUAAAGAUCAAAUCAUUAAUGAUAACAAUCAAAGAAUUGAAGAAUUAGUUUCUUUAUCGAAUAAAUUGAAGCCACAAAUUGAAGUUCUUUCUAAAGAAAAUGAAUCAUUGAAAUCAGAAAUACAAAGAAAUCAUGAAAACAUUGAAAAACUUCAGCAAAAAUUAGAUGAAUCUCAACAAACCAAUGAAAAUUCUUCAAAUGAAAUUGAUAAUUUGAAGAAACUUCUUGAAGAAGCAAACAACAAUCAUAAUCAAUUAAUGAAUGAUUUCGAAAAUCUCAAACAUGAGAUUUCUGAUAAAGAUAAAAUGAUUCAGGAAUUAGAGAAGAGAAAUGAUGCAAAUAAUAAUCAAAACUCUGAUUUAAGUGCAAAACUGAAAGAAUCCGAAGCAAAGAUUUCAGAGCUUGAUUCACAGAUCGAAAAAUAUAAGCAAGAACUAGAAAAACUCAUGAAAAUGAACAAUGAACUUAAAGAAACUGUCCAAGAAAUGGAGAACCAAAUUCAGAAUAUUUCAAAUGAAAAUGUAAAUCUCAAAACAGAAGUUGAUAAAUCCAAAGAAAAUAGCAACAAACUCCAAAACGAUCUUAAUGAGGCCAAACAAAAUAACGAGAAUCUUUUAUCUCAAAUUGAAUCAUUGAAGAAACUUCUCGAAGAAAAUGAUGCCAAUUUUGAAAAAAUGAAAUCAGAAUUAAAUGAUGCCAAAAUGAACAAAGAACAUUCAGAUCAAGAAAAUGAAACAUUGAAGAAGUCACUUGAAGAAAAUCAACAAAACUAUGAUCAAUUAGUUGAUGAAUUAAGUAAAGAAAUUGAAGAACUCAAGAAACAACUUUUGACUAAAGCUGAAGAAUCUAAUUCAUCUAAACACGAAAUUGAUGAAUUACAAUCAAAAAUUCAAAAUCUUUCAUCUGAAAAUGAAAAUCUGAAAUCAACAAAUAAUGAAUUGAAACAAAAUCUUGAUGAUAUUCUUAAAAACAAUGAACAAAUCAAUUCAGAAUUAACCGAAACUAAACAAACUAACAAAGAUCUUUUAUCACAAAUUGAAUCAUUGAAGAAAGUUCUUGAAGAAAAUAAACAAAAUGAUGAACAAUUAGUUGAUGAAUUAAGUAAAGCACCUGACGAAAUGAAGCAUGAACAACAAAAGAAAGAUAAUAGAAUUGAUGAAUUAACUAAAGAAAAAGAAACUCUUUAUAACACAUUAAAUUCACAUGACAAAGAUCAUCAACAAAUCAUCGAAGAAAUGAACAAAGAAAAAUCUGAAUUAGGAUCACAAAUUCAUGAAUAUGAAUCAGAACUUGAUAAACUUAAAUCAUUGAACAAAGAAUUAAAUGAAAACAACACAAAACUUAAUCAAGAUAAAUCAGAAUUGAUCAAACAAAAUGAAGAUUUGACUAGAAACAAUAAUGAUUUGAUUAACGCUCAAAAUGAUAAAGACAGAAUAAUUAAUGAAAACAAAGCAAAGAUAGAUGAAUUGCCAUCUUUGUUAAAUGAUUUACAAUCACAUCUUCAAAAUCUUUCUAAUGAAAACAAUUCAUUGAAACAAGAAGUCGAAAAGCUUCAAACAGAAUUAGGAGAUUCAAAGCAAAAUGAAGAAAAAUCUAAAAUUGAAAGUGAACAAAUGAAGAAAUCACUUGAAGAAACCAAACAAAACGAUGAGCAAUUAGUUGAUGAAUUAACUAAAGAAAUCGAAAAAUUGAAGAAUGAACAAUUGAAUAAAGAUCGAACAAUCCAAAAUUUAACAAAUAAAAACGAAUCAAUUAAUAAGAACUUGGAUUCAAACAACAAAGAAUAUGAACAAAUCAUUGAUCAAUUAAAUCAAGAUCUUUCUGAAUCAAAAUCAAAACUCAAUGAUUACGAAACAAAGAUGAAUGAACUCAAUUUAUUAAACAAAGAAUUACAGAAAGAUAAUGAAACACUCAAAGAAAAUCAAUCAGAUUUAAUUAAUCAAAUCGAAGAACUUUCAAAGAAGAACGAAAAUCUUAUUAAUCUUCAAGGAACAAAUUCAAAUCUUGUUUUAAAGAAUGAUGAACUCCAACAGCUUAUUGAUAAACUCAAUAAAGAAAAAUCAGACUUGAUCCAAGAAAAUGAAAGAUUAACAAAGAAUAAUGGAGAAUCAAAUGAAAAACUACAGAGUUUAGAUCAAAUGAUUGAAACUGUGAAGAAUAAUUCAUCUGAGAAAGACAAAGAAAAUCAUCAAAUCAUUGAUCAACUAAAUAAAGAAAAGCUUGAUUUGUCAUCAAAACUUAAGGAUUAUGAAAAUCAACUAGAUGUUCUUAAAUCAUCACUAAAGGAAUUAAAUGACAAAAACAAAGAACUGCAAAAUGGUAAUGACAUUUUGAAACAAGAAAAUGAAACUCUUACACCUAAAAUUUCAUCUUUAGAAAGUGAAAAUUCUUCAUUGAAAUCAACCAAUGAAAUCAAAGAUAAAGAAAUAGAAGAAUUGAAACAAAAACUUUCAGAAAUUAGUCAACUCAACUCUCAACAUGAAUCUGAUCUAGAUUCAAGGAGAAAACAGUUUGAAAAAGAACUUGAAGAAUUGAGAAAUCAAUUAGAAAAGCUUCAAAAUGAAAUUCAAAUUCGUGAACAAAGAGGAAAAGAACUUUCAAAUCAAAAUGAAGAAUUAAUGAAUAAUCUUGAAAAAAUGAAAUCCGAACUAAAUGAUGCCAAAAUGAACAAAGAACAUUCAGAUCAAGAAAAUGAAACAUUGAAGAAGUCACUUGAAGAAAAUCAACAAAACUAUGAUCAAUUAGUUGAUGAAUUAAGUAAAGAAAUUGAAGAACUCAAGAAACAACUUUUGACUAAAGCUGAAGAAUCUAAUUCAUCUAAACACGAAAUUGAUGAAUUACAAUCAAAAAUUCAAAAUCUUUCAUCUGAAAAUGAAAAUCUGAAAUCAACAAAUAAUGAAUUGAAGCAGCAAAUCGAGAGUUUGAAGAAUGAUCUUCAGAACAAAGAUCAGAUUGUCGAAGAAUUAACUAAAGAAAUUGAUUCUUCCAACAAACAAUCACAUGAAAACAAUGAAUUACUAAAUCAAAAACAAUUAGAUUUAAUGAAACAAAUUGAAGAUUUAACUAAGAAACAAGGAGAAAUGCUUAAACAAAAUCAAAACCAAGAAAAUAUCAUUAAUGACUUAAAGAUAAAGAACGAAGAAUUGACUAAAGAAGGAAACAACAAAGAUAAAGUCAUUAAUGAAUUAAACAAAUCAUUAAACGAUUUUAAAUCAUUGAUUCAAAAUCUUUCAAAUGAAAAUGAAAAAUUGAAAUCAGCUCUUCAGAAUUCCCAAGGAAACAAUGCAGACCUUCAACAAAAAUUAAAUUCAACACAACAAAAUGAUCAAAAUCUUUUGAACCAAAUUGAAUUAUUGAAGAAAUCUCUUCAAGAAAACAAACAAAAUGAAGAUAAUUUAGUAAACGAGAUACAAAACCAAAAGAUUGAAAAUCAGAACAAAGAUCAAAUAAUUGAAGAUCUGAGAAAGAAGAAUGAAGAAUUAAAUCUCAAACAACAACAAAUUCAAGAUCAAUUCAACAAAGAAAAAUCAGGUUUAAUUUCAAAACUUCAGGGACUAAAUUUAUCAGGAAAUGAGUUACUUUCAAAUAAUGAAAAACUUGAGCAAGAACAAUCAGAUUUGAUGAAUCAAAUAAAUGAUCUAAGAAAGAAGAAUGAGAUAUUAAAUCAACAACAAGCAAAUAACAAUCAAAUCAUUAAAGAAUGUCAAGAAAAGAUUCAAAAUUAUGAAGAAUCUAAUAAUGAACUACAAAGAAAGCUCAAUGAAGCCAUGAACAAUAAUGAAAAUGCUAAGAAUCAGAUUGAUCAAUUGAAGAAACUUCUUGAAGAAACAAAACAAAAUGAUGAUAAAUUAGUCGAAGAAUUAACUAAAGAAAUCGAAAAACUUAAGAAUGAACAACAAAGCAAAGAUCAAAACAUAAAUGAUUUGAGUGCACUCAAUAAAGAUAAAUCUUCUUUAAUCCAACAAAAUGAUGAUUUAUCAAAGAAGACUCAAGAAUUUUAUAAUUCUCAGCAAAAUCAAGCUCAAAUGAUUGAAGACUUAAAGAAACAAAAUGAAUCUCUUCAGAAGAAUUUAGAAAUCAAUAACAAUGAAACUCAACAAAAUAUUGAUCAACUAACUAAAGAUAAAUCUGAUUUAGCAUCAAAACUCCAUGAUUACGAAGCAAAGAUUAAUGAUCUUAAUUCAUUAAUCAAAGAAUUAAAUGAAAAGAAUGCCAUAAUUGAAAAGAAGAAUUAUGAAUUCAGUCAACAAUUAGAAGUCAACAAUGACUUGAUUUCAAAGAAUAAUCAACUUCAACAAACUAUUGAUCAACUCAAUAAAGAUAAGACAGUAUUAUCUAAGCAAAUUCAAGAUUUAGCAAAUAAGAAUAACGAAAUUACAAAUCAAUUAAAUAACAAAGACAAAAUCAUUCUUGAAAGCAAACAAAAAUCUGAUGAGUUGAAUCAAUCUUUAAGUAAUUUGAUGAAAGAAUUACAUACAUUAAAGGCAAAUAAUGAUGAUCUUAAUAGUCAAAUCAGUCAAUCAAAGCAAAAUGAAGAAAAUCUUCAAUUACAAAUUGAGAAACAAAAGAAACUUCUUCAAGAUACAAAACAGAAUGAUAAUAAACUCGUUGAUGAUUUAUCAAAAGAAGUUGAAACAUUAACGAGUGAAAAACUUAAGAAUGAAGAAAUUAUUAAACAAAACAAUGCGAAAUAUUCAGGAAUUUUGAAACAACUUCAACAAAAGAAUGAAGAAAUCAAUAAAGAAAAAGAACAAUUCAAACAUGAUCUUGAAGGAGAAAAGCAAAAGAAUGAAAAACUCGUGAAUGAUUUGAACCAAACCAAAGAUAAAUUAUCACAAGAAAACGAAAAAUUAAAGCAUUAUUUAGUCGCUUUCAAGCAGAACAAUGAACAAAUCACAGCAGAUAACAAACAAAAGGAUGAAAAUAUUCAACAGUUGAUGAAACAAAUUAAUUCUUUGAAAUCUCAACUCCAAGAAGAUGAAAAACUUAAAUCUCAAUUUGCAAAAAUGAAAGAAAAUUAUGAUUCCUUGAUUAACAAGUUGAACCAAGAAAAUAAAUCAUUAACUCAUUCAUUAAAUGAAUCUCUAAAACAUAAUGAAGAAUUAUCUAAAAAUAACGAAAAGCUUCAACAAAAUAAUGAAUUAUUAUCAAACAAAUUGAAUCAAUUAGGAUCUCAAGAUAACAACAAACAAAAAGAAAUUGAAAAUAUGAACCAAAAACUUCAAAAAGUAUCAAAUGAAGGAAAACAAAAAGAAGAUCAACUAAUUGAAGAAAUUAAUAAUCUAAAAUUUUCAUUAAUUGAACUCCAAAGAAAGAAUGAAGACAUGAAUCAAAUGCUUUCAGAAACAAAGAAACAAAAUGAAGUUUUAUCUGAACAAAACAAUGAAAUUCAAUUAUUGAAGAAUGAAUUAGAAAAUCUAUCUAAAUCCAAAGAAGAUGAAAUUAAUUCAUUGAAAGAAGAAUAUGAAAGAAAGAUCAAAGAAAAAGAAGAUGAAAUUGAACAUUUGGAAGAAAAUUGCAACAAUGAAAAGAAGAAGACAGAAUCAUAUGAAAAGAAAUUCGUUGAAGAAAAAGGAGAAUAUGAAUCCAAGCAACAAAACACAGAAACAUAUAUCGAAGAACUCGAAACAGAAAUAGAGUUGUUAUUGAAAGAAAAUGAACAGUUAGAUAAAACUAAAUAUGAUUAUGAUGCAAUCCAACACGAAUAUAACAAAGUUCGUGAAGAUUUAGCAAAAUUACAAAAAGAACAUGAUAAUUUUGUUGAAGAACAUCAACUUGUUGUUGAUCAACUUAAGAAUCACGAAGAGCUGAUUGGUUUCUUGAAACAAGACAAAGAAGAAAUUGCAAGCAAACUUGAAGCUCAAGAAGAUGAAAUUGAAAUCAUGAAAACUAAAGCAAAUGAAUCUGAGAUGAAAAUUGAAGAAUAUGAAAACUCUCAAGAUCAAAUAAGAAGUAAAUAUGAAGAAGAAGCGAAUGAAAGUAAGAAACUUGUUUUAAACUAUAUGAAGAAAGUUCUUCUUCAAUUCUUCUUCCAAGAAGGAUCUACUAGAGAACAACUUAUUCCAAUUAUAUUGAGAUUUGUUGAAUGCGAUGAUCAGACGAUUCUUCGUGCUAUUCGUCAUUGGGAACAAAGCAAUCAACUUAUUAACAAAGCACUUGGUAUGUUCAAGUAA